UAACGAGUCUAUUUGGCACUGUUCACUUCUAUUCCACUAUUCCAUUUAUAUUUUUGUUUGAUUAUUUUGUUUUAGUUCCACAUAGUUACAGUAACCAUGCACCAAAAUGCAAGUUAAGGCCACAGUCUAUGGCCAGUAGAAGUGUUGUUUUGUCAGUGGUUUGUAGGCUACUCUUUAAACUAAUGCAGAGUUGAUGUUGAGGAAAUUUCCUAAACAACAUAUCAGGAGAUGGGUGAGCAGGACAGUGAUAGCUUAAGAAAAAAAUCCUUGGUGAAGUGGAGAAAUCUCAAGAUGGAGGAUUUAAGCAGGCAGCUGGAUGCAAAGCAAUUACAAAUAGAGAAUGAUAGACAUGACAACCUUACAUGUCAGAGACAGACAACGAGAAUGUGGAGAGAAGUUCUCCAGUGGAGACCGAAAACAGCUGAAGAGAGAAACAGAGAGGAAGGAGACAAGAAGAGACUAGAAGAGACCAAGGAGACACUGAGGGAGAGAGACGAGGAAAAUAAUGUUGAGAGAGACGAGAAACAGGACACGGGAGGAAUAAACAGACACCCAGAGACUGAAACAGAGCAAGGAGACGUCGGUUCAGACCUAGACAAACCACCUGGUUUGAGAAAUGGAGUUAGCAACAAUGGAGAGAAAGCUGAGAAAGAGGAGAGAGAGAGUGAGACAGGGGAAGCAGAGUUCCCCAGAACGCAGGGAGGGAGGGAGAUGAUGGACCAGUCAGCAGCAGACACAGCAGCCGUCCUGGGCCCCAUCGCAGACGAGGCAGGGGGUCCCACAGGACAGGACAAGGAGGAGAAACAGUCGACGGAGGACGGGGCAUCUGGACAUGAGGCUGAGGCAGCAGGACAUGAGGCUGAGGCAGCAGGCCUCUCCAGCCCCAGAGAGGAGCCUCAUAUGGGAAGUGCAGCAGGAGAAGGUGGCGAGUCUGUGGAACUCAGAAAGGGCAAGAAAACCCGCAGAGGAUGCCGCGGCAAAAGGAACAAAAAAAAGAAAACGGAUGAGACCGUGUCGUCAGAAGACGAGAGAAAGGAGGAAGAGGAGGAGGAGGAGGAGAAGGAGGGGAGUGGACAAGACUCAGGCAUUCAGCACAGGAGGAGAGUGGAGGAGAGGUGCUGUAAUGGAGUGGGUUCACCACCAGAGGGCGAGCUAAGGCAGAGAUUUUAUCCAGGCAGACAAAUGUACUCCAGCCAGUACUACAACAGAGUACAGGGGAGGAGAGAGAGGGAGGGAGAGGAGGAGGAGAGGAGAGGGAGAGCACAGAGAGACCCAUCGGCCCAGCCGUUUAGAGACACAAGACCAGGGAUGAGGAGACCGGACGAGAGUUGGAGGGGGGGACUUUACCCCAGAGAGAGAUGGACGAAUGAACGACAGGACGCCACGUACGCAAGGAGGGAGUGCAUGGAGAGGGACAGAGAACGACAGGACGCUGCGUACGCAACAAGGAGGGAGUGCAUGGAGAGGGACAGAGAACGACAGGACGCCGAGUACACAAGGAGAGAGUGCAUGGAGAGGGACAGAGAACGACAGGACGCCGAGUACACAAGGAGAGAGUGCAUGGAGAGGGACAGGAAGAUGGAGACAGGGAUGUGGAUGGAGACGGGGGCGGAGCUAUGGAACAGAAGCAGGGAGGAAGUCGCCAUGGGAACGGACAUGAUGCGGCUCAGCUUCUGGUGCCCCCGGGGCGGAGAGAGGGGCGAGAAGUGGUCCUACCAGAGGGGCAGACUUCAACUGGUCAAGCGCUCAGCUCAGAAACAACACCGACCCAACUGGGUCGGUGAGACCAGAGUGGCCCCAUGCUAAAUACAUACGAUCCUCGGCAGCAGGCAAGGUCGGUCGGGUGUCUGCGGUUGUCCUGAGCCUUCUCUUGGUAGACCUGCUGGAGCCAUUGACCCAUUUUCUGAGCAUGUUGACCACAAGCGUCGCAGUUGGAGUGAAGGCGACAUGACAUUUAUUGCCUGAAAGUUAACUAAAAAAAAUUCAAGAUGGCGGAGCUAACUCAUAGAAGGCAGUAUUUCUAUACCAACAAAUAAGUGCAGGGUUUGCUGCCUUAUAUUUUGUAAAAGUUCGUGAGAAAUAUGCACUAAUAAAGCUAUAAAGUCAGGUUUUGUAACCAAAAAAUACAUCUGAAGCCAUGUACGAUCUCUCUGUCAGCCACCUUGCACGUAGAAAUCGGUAGCCAUCAAUCACCUGCGAAGCCCCGCCUGGUGUACAGCCCACUCAGCGGUAAGUGGGUGGAGUUAUCGCUGUUUUUUGCAUCUAAUGUGACUUUUGGGAAGCCUAUCAAAGUAAGCUUGAAAUGAAAAGUCUGGAACACCUUAAUUCACAACCAUUUCCAUUGGUUGGCAGAUCACCUGCCCAAUCAGCGGUGAGAGGGGAUGACACUUGUCUCGGAUUUGGUAAACGGUAGUAGCAAAAAUUGCAGUCGAAAGAAUGUGUAAAU